CCCGGGCGCGCGCCGCUCUUCCCCGCCCCCUCCCCGGCAGAGAUGGCAGCGCCCGCGCCCGCGUCCCCGCCGCGGCCCGUCACCCACCUCAUCUUUGACAUGGACGGCCUGCUUCUGGAUACGGAGCGGCUGUAUUCCGUGGUGUUCCAGGAAAUCUGUGGUCGCUACGAGAAGGAGUACAGCUGGGACGUCAAGUCGCUGGUCAUGGGCAAGACGGCCCUGGAAGCGGCUCAGAUCAUCAUCGACGUCCUGCAGCUGCCCAUGUCCAAGGAGGAGCUGGUGGAGGAGAGCCAGGCCAAGCUGCAGGCGCUGUUCCCCGCAGCCCAGCUCAUGCCAGGGGCCGAGAAGCUGAUCCACCACCUGCGGAAGCACAGCAUACCCUUCGCCUUGGCCACCAGCUCGGGGACCACGUCCUUCGAGAUGAAGACCGGCAGACACAAGGCCUUCUUCGGCCUGUUUGACCACAUCGUGCUGGGGGACGACCCCGAGGUGAAGGGCGGCAAGCCCCACCCUGACAUCUUCCUCACCUGCGCCCGGAGGUUCUCCCCUGCGCCGCCCCUGGAGCAGUGCCUGGUCUUCGAAGACGCGCCCAACGGGGUGGAGGCGGCCCUGGCGGCCGGGAUGCAGGUGGUGAUGGUCCCCGAUGAGCGCCUGAGCCGCGACCUGACGAGCAAGGCCACCCUGGUGCUGCGUUCCCUGCAGGACCUGCAGCCCCAGGUCUUCGGCUUGCCCGCCUACGACUGAGGGCCACCGCGACCGACUGCUCCACGCCGCCCGCCGUGGGCCUCCUGGGCCCCGCCCACGUUCAGGGUCCACCUGCUGAGGGGAGGGUGGAGGGAGUCGGCAGCCGCAGGUGCACCCACGCCAGGUGCACCCGCGUCACCUCUGUCCCUACUGGGGAGGGGCCUGUGCCCUGAGCUGGCGUGGCCCAGUUUUGCUCCAGGGUUGAUGGCCGUGCACUGGACACUUGAGGGAGGACAGAGACCGUGCAGAGCAAGGUCCAGCGUGCAGCCCGUGCCACCGGCACACGCGUGUCGUGUGUGGUCUGCGUGCGUGCCCCCUGCUCUCCAGGCAGAGAUCACACGUGGCCCUUCCCUUAUUCUAGUUCUCUCAACAUUGGCAGCUACGCCAUGUCAGCCCCGUGUGCAUGCGUGUAUGCGUUCAUGUGUGUGUGUGUGUGUGUGUGUGCAGGCGUGUCCGCACUCCCUCUGCUGAGCUGCUUCACACCCCUGGGCCUGCACCCACUCCCUCUGCUCAGCAGCUUGAGAGGAGGGCCGGCCUCGAGCCUGAGGACCUCCCCCUCCCUCUGCUCCUCACAGUACCUCCCUGCACAGCCGCACCCCGACUCCCAGGAGCCGCCCCAGCAGGGUCCCUCUGGCCUGCACGUGUCCACAGCACCCGUCUCCAUGUUGAGGAGAGUUUUCCACCUCACAAGCCCACUCCUGUCCCUCGGGGACGCUGGCCUUCCGGUGCUUGGUGGAAACGGUGAGGUUAGGGUAGGACCCGGGAGGCCUGAGCGCCACGGAACUCUUGGGGUGCUGUCGGCCUCCCCACUCUGGCGGGCUCGCUCUGCCUGGCGAGGGCUGUCUCCUGUCAGAGAAACGGUUUGAUCUGCACGCCUGUCUGUCCGGGUGGCUCUGUGCUCCACUCUUGUUGAGCUGACUGUCACCUCCGUGCCUGGUGGAGAGAAGGCAGAGGGGCGGGUGUUUGGGGGGGACGGUCCUUCUCCGGGCACCCCGCCUGGCUCUCAGGGCACGCCUGCCCCCAGAAGCCUCCUGAGCCACGGCAGCGCCUUCCAGUGUCCUCGCAGGCUGAUGGGGUGUAAUAAAGUCCUUGUACCCGUC